AGAGAGGCUCUCCUGGUUUCGGACGUUACUCAAUUAACAGAAGAUGAGACGCAGGUGUGCGUUUAGCCAGCGUUCUUUAAACUAGCCCAGAGUCACUGCAAAAGAACCGAUGACUAAAACUGGUAAUAGGUGGUAGGCUCAAGAUGUUUGUCUGUUUUCUUUUUGUCGUUUGUGUUUUGGCCGCCGGCCGUUUUCCUGACGCCAAACACGUGAUGAUUGGUCAGCCACAGAAGGUCCCCGUGAACAGCCCCAGCGUGGUGAAAGCGGCGCGGUUUGCUGUGGUGGAGUUUAACAGAGCCAACAUACAAGAGCAGUUUGCCUACAAAGUUUUGAACAUCACAUCAGCCAAGACGCAGAUUGUUGCCGGGAUAAACUACAUUCUCGACGUGAACUUGGGACGUACGGUGUGCAGGAGGAGGGACACGAAUGACACCAAGCCAUGCGCGCUCCACGCUGACCCCAAGGAGCGUGAGUGCCACUUCAUUGUUACAGAAGUCCCGUGGGAGAAUUUACAUGCACUUACUCAACACAAGUGUCACCGUGACUAAGGAAAAGGGGAGGAGCAGGGGGGUUGUCAAAAAAUGUAUUGUUUUUUUUUUUUUAAGUAAAUGGUUAUCAACAAGAA